CAUUUGUCGUGAAUGUUCGGCGUUGUUUCGGCGGGAAAGAGGCGCCCGGGCGGUACCUCGGUCACUUCACGGCUUUUCACGCUGCGGGUCAACAACCCGUGGCUCCGGUGCGGUCCGUGCAAGACGAAGAGGACGGAACCAGCGCCUGAGCGCGCUGGUGACCGGAGCCACCCGCAGGGAGCAGCUGUCGUGACGUCUUCCUCCCGCCGUUACAGCUCCGGGCUCCGCUGACGUCAACGCCUCAGGACGUCCAGGUUGAAGACUGCAGGUGUCCCGGCGACGCGACGGUGCUGGUUGCCAUCGGAUGAGGAGGAGCCUCCAUGGGGACCAAGUCCAGGAGGUCAAGAUCAUAUCUGGCCAGGUGGACCUGUGGCCCUCAAAAGUGUAAUUUACGACACUGAAAGGAGGAGUGAGGAGCAGGGCAUGCUCUGCACUUAGCUGCUUUUCAUAAUGCCAGGCAAGAAGGACGCAAAGAAGGACACCAAGAAAGGUGCAAAACCUGAACCAGAGAAGAAAAAAGAGGAUGAAAAGAAGGGAAAGGAAGAUAAAAAAGCAGGGAAAGACGACAAAAAAGCUGCCAAAGAUGACAAGAAAGGUGGCAAAGAUGACAAGAAGGGUGUUAAGGAUGAAAAGAAAGGAGGGAAGAAAGGUAAGGAAGAACCAAAGGGAAAAGAUGAUGGUAAGAAAGGAAAAGACAAGGGGAAAGGAAAGAAGGUAGAAUCAGAGGAGGACGAUGAAGACCUGUUGAGUGAGGAAGAGGAGGAAGAGCUGAGCGAAGAGGAGGAGGACUCAGAUGAUGAUCCCAGAGGGAAGAAACGGGGAGGAAGAGGAGGCAGGGAUAAAAGAGGGAGGGGGUCUCGCCACGUGGAGGACUCUGACGAAGAUGAGGAUGAAGAUGAGGAAGAAGAGGAUGACGAAGAGGACGAAGAGGCUGGCCACAAAGCUAAAGGCAAAUCUAAAGACGGCCACCACCAUAAAGGCGGGAGGUCCGACGCCAAGAAGAAAGCCAAGAAAAAAGAGGAGGGGGCCGCACCCAUCAAGGAGAUCCCCAAGAGAGGGCUGAAGAACAUGUCCAGGAUGUUCAUGAAGUUUUCCGGAUUCAAGAGGCGACGAAACAGCAGGAAGAAGCUCAAAAGCACGUCUCGGUUGUUUCUGGGCUUGGGAAAGAGAAAGUUCCGGCUAGCACGGAAGAAACGUCGCAAGUCCAUGUUAAAGAACACGUCUCGGUUCAUGAUGAGAUUCAAGGCCAGCAAGAAGAAGAAGAAGGAGAAAGAGGCCAAAGAAAAACAAAACGAUGGAAAGAAACCAACAUAUAUGCUGCUCCGUCUUGGAGGAGGAGGAGGAGGGGACGCUGCCCAUAAGAAAGGGGGAUUUUUCAAAGGGUUGUUUGGGAAGAAGGAUGGCACGGAUUCUGGAAACGGCCUGAAGAAUCGAAGUGUGCUGCUGGGUAGAGUCGCAGCGGCAACCAACUGGCUGACCAAACGUUUCCUGACCUCUAAAAUGCAAGGAAAAGCGGGAUAUCGCGGAUGGGAUGAUCGUAGAGACCAUGGGCGCCAGGGCAGCUCCAGGCGUCAUCUCCACGGUUAUUACAACAAUGCCUAUGAGCACGGGGAGGAUCCUUAUGGAUAUGAUCCGCAACAUCUCGUCCAGCAUGGCUACGGCCAAUUCAUCGAUGGCUACAGCGCUUACGAUGAAGACGGCGCCGCGUACGGAGCCCAGGGUCAGUACGAUUACUAUGACAACGGAGCAGACUUCCAGGACUUGGGUUACUAUGAAGGCGAAGGAGUCUAUGACCCCAACGUGGAGUAUUUGGAUGAUGGCGUUUACGAUCAUGGCAUGAUGGAGAACUACGAUCCCGAUGCUCAGCCGUACUACAGCAACCAUGAGGCUGAUUAUUAUGGUUACCAGGAACAAGCCAUGGCCUUGUAUGGGGACGAGCGUCUGGACUACUACGCCCAAAUGGGUGACAACCAUAUGUAUGGAGCAGAGUUUGAUGGAUUUCAUGGAGCUCAGGCUCAAGACUACCUCACCAGCCGAGGGGUGUAUGUCGAUGGACAGGGUGGUUACUAUAGCAACGCCCAGGUAGGUUUAUACAACAGUGAUCCAACGAUGCAGGCUGAAGUCCCGCUGGACAAUCCACUUCAAUAUGCAGACGGUGGUUUGGCGUACCUGGACUACAGCUCCCAGCAGACUGUGGCUUUCCCACAAGGAGGUCAGCAGGAAUUUGGAUUUAGUGCUCUGGGCACUUAUGGGCAGCAAUUCUCUGACCAGAUGGACCAAUAUACCGAAGAUGUUAGUGAGGUCCAGGGUGGCGACAUCACAUUCAGAGUCCCUCGACCCCAAGUGCGACUGUUUGGAAAAGAACGGCUAGAUGUUCCUCUGCCCCCUCCACCGACCCUGCCACCAGAUCCUGAGUUUGAGGACAUGUCAGAGAUCCAAUAUGAAGACCAGAUACCUCUUGCACCAGGUCACCUUGGUUCUGCGGUGUCACCCCAACAACAAAUGAUGUCACCCCAACAAUCAAUGAUGUCACCCCAACAACAAUUGAUGUCACCCCAACAACAAUUGUUGUCACCCCAACAACCAAUGAUGUCACCCCAACAACCAAUGAUGUCACCCCAACAACAAUUGUUGUCACCCCAACAACAAUUGUUGUCACCCCAACAACAAAUGAUGUCACUCCAACAACAAAUGAUGUCACCCCAACAACAAAUGAUGUCACCCCAACAACCAAUGAUGUCACCCCAACAACCAAUGAUGUCACCCCAACAACAAUUGUUGUCACCCCAACAACAAUUGUUGCCACUCCAACAACAAAUGAUGUCACCCCAACAACAAAUGAUGUCACCCCAACAACCAAUGAUGCUGUCUCCUGAAGAUGAGGCUGCGAUGAUCUCACCACAGCAUCAGAUGAUGUUGCAACAAGAACAAUUGAUGCCCCCACCGCAGAUGAUGAGGCAGCAAGUCAUGGCUGCCCAAGCCCAGGUGUUCCCCCCAGAAAUGCUGACAUCACAGCAGGGUCUGGUGAUGGAGCCUGUUGUGAUGCCACCACAGGGUUAUCAGCUGCCUCCUCCCACACCAACGGCCAUGAUUAUCAAGCAGGCCAACAUGUCGCCACUUCCUGCCCGCCACACAGCCUCACCUUCUCCCUCUCGUCGCUCUCUUAUGAUGGCUUCUCCUCAGAUGCAGCGGCGGCCCCCUACAAUGGCGCCCCCUGUGCUCUCCUCAGUGCUUCCGCCGAGACACAUUGCUUCGCCACAGCUCUCUAUGAGAAGUCCUCAAAGAACUCCUUCUGUCAUGUCAAGGCGCAUAUCCCCCUCUCCCUCCCCGGAGGCUUCCCCUCUCUCCCAACGCAGAAUGCUGCCUCAAGGAGCAUCACCUAUUCUUGCUGGUGGACCCUCACGUGGUCUCUCCCCUCGAGUCUCUAUGGUUCAUCAUAGUCCUCCACAUUCUCCAAGAGCUUCAAUGAGACAGCAAUCUCUUCCUGGUUCACCCCUUGUGCCUCUAAGAAGGAGGAGUCCACCAAUGUCACCCAGUCCUGCACAUUCUCCUUUUAGUGGCAGGAAAAUCAUGAAUUCCCCACCUCCUCCGCUCUCACGUGGUCGUGUUUCCCCACCUCAACCAAGCAUGAGACCAUUGCCCUCUCCUUCCCCGUCUCUACACGGUUUUACCCCAGCAGGGCCAAGGCCUGCCUCAUCUCCUACUCUGUCUCGUCGUUCAACUCGGCUCCUAAGAGAGCCGACGCCUGUGGCCCAGCCCAGGACGGGGGGCAAUGUUCCUCUAGGCACUGUCCGACCCUCCCCGAUGGGUCUACGUGGACGUCCCGUGCCACCACCUACCCAGAAUGUUCGUCCAUUCCGCCCGUCUUCCAUACGAAGUAACAGAUCAUCAGUUCUAACCAUUGACUCGUCGCACCAGUCGUCACCUUUUCACUCUCCUCAAAUGAUCCACCGUGCUCCUCCCGGUAGGAGAGAUUCACGCCGAGUGCCUCAUCGGCCUGUGGCUCGAGGUCGACCCCUAAUGGCCCAAACUAUGCGUAGAAUGGCCCCUGCCUCACCCCAGCCCUCCGUGAAACAUUUGUCUCAUCCUUCUUCCCCACGCCUCUCUCCUAGAUUUCCUCAUCGAUCAUCACCACUCAACCCUCCUCAAGCUUUGCAUGCAGCCUCUUAUCCUCCAGAAGCAUUUGCACCUCAACCGUACACUGAACCCUCACAGUUUGUUGGCCCUUUGUCACCAAUGUUAUCUGGUGCUUUGCGGAACCAGGCCAUAAAACAGGCUUCUUUCACUUCACAACUGGGCCCUCAAGCGCCACAGGAAGUGGUCAUGGAUGACACCGAAUAUAUUGAGGGCUACUCUCCCUCAUUGCCUAUGCUUUCUGCUGCUGUGCAAAACCAGGCCAUUCGAGAUGCUUCCUAUGUCAGCCCCUUGCAGGGCCCAAUAUCUUCCUUCGAGCAGCCUGGACUCCCGUCCUCACCCAUGUUGUCUGGUGCUUUGCAGAAUCAAGCCGUUAGAGGCGCGUCGUACGUUUCACCAUUGCAAAGACUGGUAUCACCUUAUGAGCAGCCUAUAGCCCCUUCCUCCCCGGUGCUCUCCGGAGCUCUGCAGAACCGAGUUUUGAAAGAAGCCUCCUAUGUGUCUCCUCUUCAAAGACCUCCGUCACCCUAUGCUCAGUCUGUGCCGUCAUCUCCAAUGCUGUCUGGAGCCAUGAGACAUGGCCAGGCCCUCAGGGGUGUGGCUUCAUACCAGACACCACAGCUCAGGUCGCCAUAUGGGCCUACGGUCGUGACAACAUAUGACUACAUCUCAGAGCCUGGCCCUCCGCCUUUACUGAACGACGCUUUACACCAUCGCUCUGGUUUGCAGAGGGUCUCAUCUUUAAGAUCUUCAGUGAUGCAACGCCAUAACCCUUAUGCACCGUCCGUGCCCCUGCUCAACCAUGCACUGCAGCAGAACCCAACUCUUCGCCAUGCAUCCUAUCAGACCCCUAUCCAGCUCAGGAAGUCCCCAUAUGGCCCCUCAGCGCCUUCCUCUCCAUUGUUAGGAAGUGCCCUACGUAACCCUCAGCUGUUGCAGUCCACCUACCGGUUACCUGACGGAACUUUAGUGUCCCCUUAUAGAGAUCCACAAAUGUCCCCAUUGCUUGGCCAGGCCUUACAAAACCAACAGGUUCGAGGAGCGUCCUACACCUUGCCCGAUGGAUCAGUCGUCAGGGAUCCACGUUUGCCACAGUCUCCGAAUUUGACCAGAGCUCUUCAGAACCAGGACCUGAAAACUGCUACCUACACUCUCCCUGACGGCACCAUUUUAGAUCCGAGGCAGCAGCAACCCGUGUCUCCGAACCUGGCCAAAGCUCUCACCAACCCUGCCCUGCGUGAAGCUUCCUAUUCCCUUCCUGAUGGUACCAUUGUAAUUGACCCAAGAAAGCCCAAGUCGCCCAAUCUCGCAGCAGCACUUCAGAACCCGUAUUUGAAAAGUGCAUCGUACACGUUACCAGACGGCACGAUUAUCAUUGACCCUCGAAAACCUGUGACUCCAAACCUGCACGAAGCUCUGGUCAGCUCUUCUCUUAAGAACACAUCCUUCAACUUACCAUCCGGCGUUCGUGAUCCAAACACACCACUGCCGCCAAACCUGGCAAAGGCUCUGAGCAACUCUGCCUUGAAAACAGCUUCCUACACUCUUCCUGAUGGAUCCAUCAUCAUCGACCCGAGGAAACCCAAAAGUCCAAACCUGAUGGCUGCCCUGCAGAACCCCUACCUGAAAGGCGUGUCCUAUACUUUGCCUGAUGGAACCAUUGUCAUUGACCCGUGGAAGCCGGCCGUGCCGGAUCUGUCCAAAGCACUUCUGAAUCCAAACAUCCGCUCCGCCUCAUACCAGCUCCCUGACGGAGCGCUGGUUAUUCCAGGUCAGGAGCCCACUCUGGCCUCCGCCCUGCGCCAACACAAAGGUCUUCGUUCUCCGAGCCUCUUCCAUCUGCCUGAAACCUCCGUCCUGACUGGCGCUCCCAAGCCCUCGCUUCCCAAUCUGAAGUCUGUUCUGAAGAACGAUGAGAUGCGUGGCGUCCGUUACAGGCUGCCCGAUGGGUCGCUGCUCACAAGACGCUUCCACAACCCAAACAUGGCUGAUGCCAUCCAAAACCAGCAGCUCCGUUACGCCUCCUAUAGGCCGCCAACCGGGCUGCAGGGCCCGGACAAUUGUUUCGCAGUCGUCCCUCCGUACGGGCCUCAGUCGGGCCACUGGGCCAAGAAUGCCCAAGGAGGAGGGGACGGAGGGGAAGAUGUCUGGGCCGCCGAGAGGGUUCUGCCACACGGAACUGUCCAGAAUCUGGCAAAGUGGUCCAUGUACAGAGAGGACGGCGUCUUGGAGGCUUUCUCACCCGCGGCUCGUGUGGUGAGUGGGCAGGAGCUCCACGCCGACUGGACUCCAGUCCGGGAGAAAGUUCCUGGUCAAAGCUGGUAUGACAAGAUCUACUCGGUGCUGAGCGUGCCCACAACAGGCCACAGGGUGAAGCGCUGGGCCGAGGGAAUGGAGGACAUGACGCAGCUGCCGGAGCUGAAUGAGACCACGGUGCUGAUGAACCUGAAGAAGCGAUUCGACCAGGAGCUCAUUUAUACCUACAUCGGCUGCAUCCUGGUGUCAGUCAACCCAUACAAGCUGCUCAACAUGUACGGCACCGACAUGGUGCUGCAGUACGAGGGCCACAGCCUCGGCGACAACCCUCCUCACCUCUUCGCCCUGGCUAACCUCUCCUACACCACCAUGAUGGAUGCUAAACAGAACCAGUGCAUUGUGAUCAGUGGGGAAAGUGGAUCUGGAAAAACGGAAGCCACCAAACUGAUCCUGCGAUACCUCACAGCCAUACAUCACAAACGCAACGUGGCGCAGCAGGUGGGUAUCCUGGAGGCCACGCCCUUGUUGGAGUCUUUUGGAAAUGCCAAAACAGUGCGCAAUGAUAACUCCUCCCGCUUUGGCAAGUUCACGCAGAUCUGCAUGGAGGAGGGUGUGAUCAGCGGUGCCAUAACGUCUCAGUACCUGCUGGAGAAGUCUCGCGUCGUCUUUCAGGCCAAAUCAGAAAGGAACUACCACAUCUUCUAUGAGAUGCUGGCAGGACUUCCUCCAGAGGAGAAGCGAGCACUUUACCUGCAGGAGGCUGAGACUUACUUCUAUUUAAACCAGGGAGGGGACUGCACCAUAGAGGGCAAGGACGACAGCCAGGACUUCAGACGGCUCCUGAACGCCAUGGACAUCCUGUGUUUCACCCCUGAGGAGCAAACUGGCAUCUACAAACUCCUGUCGUCCGUCCUUCACCUGGGCAACGUCUUCUUCCAGCCAGCGCAGGCCGAGGGUCAGGAGGUCGCCUCGGUGGUGAGCGCUCAGGAGAUCCGGGUGGUUGCUGAGCUGCUGCAGGUGUCACCUGAGGGCCUGCAGAAAUCUGUCACCUUCAAACUGACUGAUGCAGGACAGGAGAAGAUCUACUCGCCGCUGACGGUGGAGAGUGCCGUUGAUGCCAGAGACGCUGUUGCCAAGAUCCUGUACUCGCUGCUGUUCAGUUGGCUGACAGAGCGCAUCAACGGCCGGGUCUACCCUCGCACCGACUCCCUCUCCAUCUCCAUCCUGGACAUCUAUGGAUUUGAGGAGCUCCAGGUCAACAGUUUUGAGCAGCUGUGCAUCAACUAUGCCAACGAAACUUUGCAGUUCUACUUUAACAGAGUGGUCAUCCAGCAGGAGCAGGAGGAGUACAUGAGAGAGCAGAUCGAGUGGCGGCAGCAGCCCUUCAGCAACAACCAGGCCUGUCUUGACCUGAUCGCUGCAAAGCCUCAUGGGAUUCUGCGCAUCCUGGACGACCAGUGUGGUUUUCCUCAGGCAACAGACCACACCUUCCUUCAGAAGUGCCACUAUCACCAUGGUAACAACCCGCUGUACGCCAAGCCAAAGAUGCCGCUGCCCGAGUUUACGCUCAAACACUACGCUGGGAAAGUCGCCUACCAGGUGCACAAGUUCUUGGACAAGAACUUCGACAUGGUCCGCCAGGACGUCUUGGACCUCUUCGUACGGAGCAGAAACAGAAUGGUCUCCACACUCUUCCUGAAGUACUCCGAGUCCCUGUCUGUGCAGCGCGCCAGCGUGCGACACAGCAGCGCCGCCCGCCGCCAUCAGGCCAACACGGUCGGUGCGAAGUUCCAGAACAGUCUGCAGGAGCUGCUGGAGAAGAUGGAGAGGUGUAACCCGUACUUCGUUCGCUGCGUCAAGCCCAACCAUCGCAAGGAGCCAGGAGUGUUCGACACGGAGCUGGUGAGCUCACAGCUCCGCUACUCUGGCAUCAUGGAGACCAUCCACAUCCGCAGGGAAGGCUUCCCCUUCAGGUUCCCAUUCGACCGCUUCCUGCUACGGUACAAAGCUCUGCUGUGUCUGGCGGAUCCUCCUCCAGCGGACGGAGAGAACUGCGUCGCCAUGCUGCACAAGCUCGGCCCGGUCAGGCCCGGCUCCUACCAGCUGGGUGUCAGCAAGAUCUUCCUGAGAGAGGAUCUAUACCAGCUGCUGGAGGGGAAGCGGGACCGUGUGCUGAACAUCGCUGCCAUGACACUGCAGCGAUACACUCGCAUGUACUUUGUCAGGAAGAACUUCAUCCAGUUCCGGCGCCGCAUGGUUGGAUUGCAGGCGCGCUGCAAAGGCUUCGUGUCCAGGAAGAAGUUUUCUCGGAGAAGAAAGUGCCUGGUCAAAUUCCGUUCCAUCGUUAUGCUCAUCGUCAACCAGCAGCGGUACAUGAGGACAGUGGUGGAGCCAGCAAGACGGGCGGAGGAGGAUCGUGUCAACAGGGAGGUUGUGAAUGUGACGACGCUGCCGGUCCCUGCUGAGCUGGCUGCUCUGCUGCAGCAGGCUUCAGGUGGGAGUGAGCUGCACUCGGACUGUUUGGCGGUGGUUCAGGCUCCAAAGGUGCAUGUUGACCCCCAGCUGACCCUCCCUCUGGAUAUCAACAACUACCUCAUGACGCAUUACAUCAGAGCCAUGUUUCGGGAGCCGCUCUUUGGGAUGCUGACGGCUCCACUGCAGAAUUCUCUGACCCGACUGGACCAGGAGCUGAAAGCAGGAGCCCUCGACGUCUUCACUCUGAUUCUCCGGUUCAUGGGGGACCCCAACCUGAACGGGGCUCAGGAGAAUCUCUUUGGGAACUACAUCAUCCAGAGGGGCCUGGCCAAUCCCAGUCUGCGGGACGAGAUCUUUGCUCAAGUGACAAACCAGGUGUGGAGGAAUCCAAACCUGUUGAAUUCGGAGCGUGGCUGGCUGCUCCUGUCCUCCGCUCUGUCGGCAUUCCUGCCCUCUCCAAGACUCACCAAACACCUGUUGAAGUUCGUCUCCGACUUCGGGCCCGAGGGCUACCAUUGCGUGUGCCAGCACCGUCUGCUGCAGGCGCUGCGGCGGCUCAGCGGCGGCCCAGAGUAUGUCAGGACCUACCCUCCCUGCCUGCUGGAGUGGACCGCCAACCGCAAGAGGGCGCACACCGUGCUGCACAUCCACUGCCUGGACGGGCUCUCGGUCCUGUGUCCUCUUCACUCGUGGACCACCGGGGAGGACCUGGCCACGCACAUUCUCCAGCACAGGGGCGUGUCGGAGGGCCGGCGCGGCUGGUCGGUGCUGCUGAAGGAAGCAGCCCAGUGGGUGGAGCUAGAGGGCUCCGACUAUGUCCUGGACCUGAUGUCUGACUUGGAGCUUCCUGCUGGUUUCCCCAAACACAACAGCUACUUCAUCAUCUCAGCUCAGGAGCCGACACGAGUGCGGGCCAACGCCAGCAUAAGCCUUCUGGGCGGCGGCUUUGACACCAACAGUGACAUCAUCAGCCACGACUUGGAGCCCCAGAGAGGGAUCGACCGCUACCUGGACAGCCUGUUUGACCCGGCUCUGGCAGAUGGCGCCACGCAGGAAUCCGACUCGGUGGCGGCGCUGUCCGGCAGGAUGAAGGGAGGCGGAGGAGUGGGAGGGGGGUGGCACCAGCAGGGCCGGUCCGCCGGGCCACCGCCGCCACCUGGAGCUGUGCGGGUGCUUCCUGUGGGUGGUGUGAUGUCGCCUCCCGUCGCCGCCGUCGCCCCUGUGACUCCCGGUUUGUGGAGUGUGAAGCAAACCGUGUUGUGUGUUGGCCAUGUUUACACUGUCUGUUGUCCUGCAGAUGCGCAGCAGGCUGUUUCAGCUCAGCAGCAGCAGCAGCAGCAGCAGCAGCAGCAGGCAGCCGUCAUGGCGCAGCAGGUGACCGUGGUCAGCAGCCCUGUGACCAGCCCCCCCUCUUCCCCCAGCACCAGUCCUCCCCUUAGUCCUCUCCUCCACCACCCGCCCAGCCCCUACGCCCCCUCUCUCAUCCCCCCCAGCCCUUACGCCAACUUCAGCCCCACUCCUUAUGCUGCAGCCGGCCCACAGGAGGGCGCUCCUCAGCCCAACCCCAGAGCCGCUGCACAGACGCUGUUGGACCAGGACAGCAUCCCCCGAAGAAAAGCUCCAGGCAUCGCCGUCGACAAGGACCAAGCAGCCAAGCUCGCGCCUGCAGUGAGGUCACCAGCGCCCACUGCUGGAGGACUCAUCAAGUACUCCUCUCGGAACUCAGACCACAUCAUUCCCAGUCAGGACGUGCAAGAAAUCAUCAAGAGGUACAACUCUCCGCCUCCUCCGCCCGACCCACUGCCCCCGGGGAAGAGGAGACCUGAGGGUAAAUUUAAGAAGAAGCAAAGCCCUCGUGAUGAAGCUCUUCAGAUCCUCAAACCUCAGAUGGACAAUCCUCCGGCUCCACAGCCCAAACCUCCAGCGGUGCCGGCGCCUCCCGCAUCUGCCUUCCAAGAGGCGGGUUUCACACCCACCAAGAGCCGAGCGCCGAGGCGUCCUCUCCCGCCACCUUCUCCAGUUUCUCGGGAGCUGCCUGUGGAGACGGAGACCAUCCAGACCCAGCUGCACCACAGCAGCAAUGAGGAACACUACACCUACACAAACGUGCCCUGGAGACUGUACCUGCGCAAAGAGGUCUUCUAUCCCAAAGACAGUUUCAACAGCCCGCUGGUGCUGGACCUCAUUUUCAAGCAGAUCGUCAACGACACACUGUCAGAGGCUUGUGUGCGCAUCACCCGGGAUGAAAGGCAGAAGAUGAAAGCUCUGUUUGCCAAGCACGGCGUCCAGCAGAACAUGGAUCCGGUGGAGGAGCACGUGAAGGAGAGCGUGGUGACUGCGGCUCGUGAAACUUGGGAGAUUUACUUCUCCAGACUGUUCCCAGCCUCCGGGAGUGUUGGCUCCGGUGUGCAGGUUCUGUCCGUGUCCCACGGCGGCAUCAAGCUGCUGAAGACGGUGAAAAGCAGCGCCGCGGCUCCCGACUACUUCAGAGUCCUGCGACCGUACAGUUACGCCGACAUCCUCUUUGUGACCAUCCCGUCUGACAACAUGCUGGAGUUCAACCUGACCAACGAGAAGCUGAUCCUCUUCUCCGCCAAGGCGCCGCAGGUCAAACACCUGAUCGACACUUUCAUCAACGAGAUCAAGAAGGACUCGGACUAUGCGGUUGCAGAGCGGAACUUCAUGUCGGAGGACCGAGCCAUGCUGAGCUUCCACAAAGGUGACGUCAUCAGGCUGCAGGUGCUGGACGGACUGGAGCGAGGUCACCUGUACGGCUGUGUGGUGAGGAAGAAGGUGGUGUUUCUGGAGGAGCUGAAGAAAGACACCCAAGACUUCGGGUGGAAGUUUGGCGCCGUGUUUGGUCGUCCAGGCGCCUUCCCUUCUGAGUGCGUUCGCCCCGUGGCACCUCCCGACUUCCUGUCGCUGCCGCUGGACCGGAGAGCUGAACCUCGGGGGGGAGCAGGUCAGUUCGCCGCCUCCUCCGCCGUCGCCGCCGCUGUGGCCUCCACCAUGGCGGCUCACGAGAUCGACCAGACCAUCGAGAAGGUUUGGACGGAGGGCUUCUCUGACGAGGAUCUGGACGAGAAGAGUCUGCUGGACAGUCGAUACGACAUGCUGGAGUUCGCCAAGAAGUACUUCAGACAGGGAGCCAGCAGCAGAGGAGACUGUGUGAAGAGCCCGAGGAGCAGAGAUCCUGCUGAGAUGAUCAAGUUCUCCAAGACGCUCCUGACCCAGUCGCUGAUCGAGUUCACCGACCCGGCGCUGGAUCGAGUGGCAGCUGACCUCUGCCAGGCGGUCAUGCGCUUUAUGGGUGACUGUCCAAGCAGAGGAGCCAGUGAGCAGGAAGUGCUCAGCACCUUUUUGAAGCUGAUCGGGGAGUUCAGCCUCAUGAGAGAUGAAGCCUACUGCCAAGUCAUCAAGCAGCUGACUGCAAACACCAGCUCCAGACAGGACAGCUGCCAGCGAGGCUGGAGGCUGCUCUACAUCCUGACCGCCUUCCACCGCUGCUCCCAGGUGCUCAAGCCCUUCCUGCUGAAGUACCUGCGGCAGGCGUCGCACAGCGCCGGCGCUCAGUACCAGGGCGUCGCCAAAGCCUGUGAGCAAAACCUGAAGAAGACCUUCCAGUACGGCGGCCGCACGGUUCCUCCCAACAGCAUGGAGCUGCAGGCCAUGAUGGCUGGAAGAAGUUCCAAGCGUCAGCUGGUUCUGUUGCCCGGAGGCAUGGAGCGUCACGUGAAGAUCAAGACCUGCUCGGUGUCUCUGGAGGUGAUCGAGGAGCUGUGCUACGAGAUGGCUCUGCACCGGCUGGAGGCCAUGGAAGAGUACGCCCUGUUUCUGGUCACCGACAGAGGUCAGAAUGUGCGCCCUCUCAACAAGCACGAGUACGUCCUGGACGUGGCCACCGAGGCCGAGGCGGCCGACUCCAGCUACAGCUUCUGGUUCAGACGGGUGGUGUGGACCCAGCCGCUCAGCUUGGACAGCGAGCUGUGCGUGGCCAUGCACUACAACCAGAUCCUGCCCGACUACCGCAAAGGUCUGCUCAGCCUGCUGCCACACGGCGCCGUCAGUGAGCAGCUCCUCCACCAGGUCUCAAAGCUGUCGGCUCUGCAGCACCGCGCCAGGGACAUGGCCUCGGUCCCCAGCAUACACCAACUGUCCGAGUACAUCGCGGCUCCUCUCUUCAAGAAGCAGCCUCCGCAGCAGUGGGUCGCCAUGGUGACGCAGCACAUGCAGCAGGUGCAGAGUCUCAACCAGCACCAGGCCCGAGCUCAGUUCCUGGGCCUUGUCAGCGUCUUCCCCAUGUUUGGUUCCUCCUUCUUCUACAUCCACAGCAGCAGCUCCACCUCCUUCUACGCCCCCUGCAUCCUGGCUGUCAAUCAGCACGGCCUCCAUUUUCUACACAAAAAUACCCACGAGCCCACGGCCGUCGUCCCCCUGCUGGAGCUCCAGUCCAGCCGGACCCAGCGGCCCACACCUGGGAGCAGCUACCCCUACGUGGACCUGACGCUGGGCGAGGUCGCCAACAGGCAGUGGCUGGUGCAGCUGCAGCUGGAGCAGGGGCUGGAGCUGUGCCGGGUCAUCGCCAUGCAGGUGGAGAACAUGCUGCAGGUGCGGGAGAAGAGGCUCGCGCUGCCCCCCACCGAGAUCACCGCGCUGUAGCGCACGCGCACGCUACCUCGCUUUUGUACUUUUCUACAAGAGUCUGUCAUUAAAGUGGAGCUUGUUUACAGUGCGGCGCGUGCGCUUGUUGUGAUCGCGUCUCCAGGUGAAGUCGGGCGACGCCAUGAUUGUUUUCCCAG